AUGGCACCUGUGGAAAUGUGGCCUGACCACCAGUUUGAGAGAGAAAGUCUUUCAAGACUCCUGGAAUGCCUGACAGAACUGUGCUUCCUGAGGUACAAUGUACUGAACCUGAAAAUGCUCUACAUGGUUUGAAGUCCCCUAGCUAAAACAAGAAAGCGCACAUCACAGGAAGUCCAUAUUAAUGGUGGUGUACCUUAAAACUUCAGUUUUCAAACCCAUAGGAAAAAAAAAAGGCAUGGCAUUAACUAUUAGAUCCCAGCUGAGGUCUUCACUGGGGUAGCUGUCACAGAUUGUGCACACUGGAGACCUCAGUGGGCCUGCAACUGUGUGUGUGCAAAAGACAUCUACAGAGGAAAGUCCAGGAAACUCAUAACUGAAAUGGAAGGGGAUAUUUCAGCAAAUGAUGUUGUGUUAUACGUUUCCUUUGAAGAAAGUGCGAAACCUUUCAUGAAGAAAACAAUUGCUUUAGGAAUGGAAAGCAAACCAAAGGGCCUGUGGGAAUGCUACUUAUACCCUGACUGUCAUAAUUACAGUUUCCAUUAUUAGAAUUACACUGGUUCUUGCCCAAAGAGUGAAGUUUUGAGGAACAGUGAAUUUUUCUGUCUCUGAGAUAGCUUUGCAGCCUUGUAUCUUUCUACUGACAUAUAGAGACCCCUUGGAAACAGUCAAAACAUUUUGUACUUCUCUCAAUUUAGGCUGAAUGAAUCCAUAGGAAUUUCCUCCAUGGCAUCCCAAGACUAUGCUUUGCCUGUAUUUGUGUAUACCUGACUAGGCUGUCGAGAGGAGCCUUUGUAUUUACUUUUGAAGCAAGAUAUUUUUAACACUGUUGGAGAGAAUGCCCUGGGAGCUACAGGCGUUAUUUGGUGAGAUAUGAAUUUAACUUCUUUAGAGAGCAACUGCAGAGAAGUGCAAAAAUUCAUUGAUUCUGAACUUGAGCCCUGCAUUAUCAAUGUCACAGCAGUAGCUGAGGUAUGAAGGAGGCAUCCUUGUCAGGACAAUAUAUCAUGUGUGCAAAGGACCUGGAGAGCCUCAACAUAUCUACACCUAAAUUUUAAGAUCUUCCUUUAA